GGUUGUUGAGAAGCCAAAGAUCGUGAAGUCUAAGCUUAAAGCGAUACGUUCGAAGAAUUUUAUCAACGAUUUUCUUUAGUUAUUUUUAUCGCAAGUACUAUAAUGAAGAUAAACAAAAAUUAUAAUAAAUAUCAAAGAAUUCAUUCAUAUAUCAGUAAGUUCCUUUUAUUUAUAACAAAAAUUCAUUUAUAAAUUAAAUAUUACAUAAACAUUUAAGAAUUAUUUCAGUAAAAAUCUCGAUUCAUAAGUAUUGGCGUCUAAAAAUAUAAAUUCUACAAAAACAGCCUCAAGGACCAGCAUACUUUUCACAAACUUUCACAGAACUUUCACAUUAGAAAACACGCCAAACUUCAUCGAUAGCAUCGGAAUCCGUGAGAAUUAGACGAUCGGGACGUAGAUUAGUAAACCGCAAACAAAUAGAGCAUAAUGCAUCCCACUUCAAUGGAAGCAAUUAAUUCUAGGUCGCGUUGCGUAUCAAGGUGAAAAACCGGCGUUGAAGGGAGACGAAUCCGUGGAACUGCGUUGCAACUCGUCACGGAGAAUUGAAUUACUCAGUUACCUCUCGACAAGCUUUAUCAGUUUCAGUAAUUCGAGCAACGUUCCCUCUAUUAAUAGACGGGCGUGUGCGCGUCAUGGGGGAUGAAUCGCGUUUUCACGACUUUAAUAAAUCAUACGUCAUGUUUCGAGUCGUGUUACUGGACAAUUCGGAUUGAAGGUUUGUCGUUUUCAAUAUUUGAUCAACCGAUUUGAUUUUAUGGGAUUUGAGAAUAUUAGAAUACAAGAAUAGAAGUGAGAUGAUUCUAGAAAUUGAAUAUAAUGAAAUGAAAUUUGAAUUAUUACGAUGAUUUAUAAAUUCAUCUUAUUAAGAAAAAGAAAUAUCUAAGAUCUAGGCUAAUAAGAGGAUUAAUUUAAACAAAUAUUAUUUACUUUAUGAAUGGGAAAAUUUGUUUGCAUAAAUAGGUAAUUUAUAUUUAUAAUCUAUGCAUUGGAAUACAUAUGCAAAUUAGAAAGUUAAUUUUCCUAAGUAAAUAUUGGAAUUAAAAUGCAAAUAAUUAAUUUAAAUACAUAUCGUUUGUAACAAUAAAUUUGUAUUCCUGUGUACUUUUCAUAGAUAAACGAAUAAAUUGAUUUCUUCCCGUAUUCUUCCAAUGCCGUUAUAAAAUACACAUGUUCAUCUUCACUUCGUUACACACGAACAAUACGAAUUUCGAAUUGGAGCGUAGCAUCUCAAACCACCUAUAUCGAGCAUAAAAUUAUAAACUCUUUGAAUAGAUAAUCGAUUCGAUAUGAUAUUCGCACGCGACCAUAAAUCAGUCAAUUUCUUUCCAGUAACCCACAAACCAUCUUUCGACCCUCGACAAUACGAGGAUUGUCCUUAAUUUUCGCAAAAUUAUGAUUUGCGCCGUUUCUUUCUUUCUUCUCCGAACAAAAUAAACGAACAACAGCACGCGAAGUUUCGAUUAGGGAAUAGGAGAAAUACCAUGAAAUUUCCUAUGUAAUUUUCGACUUUGUCAGAGAAAUUCCAAACGACCAUCUGUUUCUCCAACAAUACUCUGUUACUAGAAUGAUUCUGUUUGGCACGAGAUUAAUCAACCUGUCCAAUCAUUUAAUCGUUACAGAUGAGAAACGAUUCUAAGAAUGCACAUGCAGAUUCAUGGUUCCACGUGACGCAUUAAUCAAGAGGACGUAACUAUUAGAAAGAGCAAGAGUUGCAAGAAUUAGAAUUGUUGAAUAAACAUUCCUGCAAAUUCUUUCCUUCAGAAAGAAAAAUUUGCAUUAAGAUUUUUUUAAAAAGCAUAGCGAUUCAAUCAGAUUUGAAUGAUUAGCAACUAAUGUUUCUCCAUAAUUAUAUUCAAUUUCCAGAGGAAAAAGCGUGAAACUUCGUGCAUCACGACUGGUAAUUCAGGAUCGACCGGAAACGAACAAUGCGAAAGUAUCGAGCACACAGAAUAACGAUACUUUCAUCGAGUCUACGCACCACUCUUGAACUUUGGUCAUCGAUAAUCCAGUUUGAACUUUUUAAGGAAGAGUAAUGGCGGUCGUCUAUAUAUAUUACAUUAACCACAACCGUUGUUACAUAUCAAAGAACCACGGACAUGUCCCAUAGUGGUUGACGAUGGAGACCAGACUUGGUCACAUUAUAAAGCUCAAAAUCGCAAGAAAAUCUAUCCACUGUUAUAGUUUAACAUAUAUUUCCAGUAACAAUAAUACUUUCCCUCGAAGAUAUCCGAUCUUCCGCAUUAAAUCAACAGUCCAAUAGUAACGGCUAGAAAAUUUAAAACCUGUUUCACUUAAAAAAUGUUAUAUUCGGUUACUCAGUAAUUAACUAAAGUGCCGUAUCACAUAUACGCAACAUCGAGCGUGAAAGGGUUGAAAGACCACCUUGACGUUCCACAUAUGAAAUCUCGAAACGUCUCUACUCGACUGGCAUCAUUACCCGGACGAGUGGCGUCGCCGUCUCGUUUACAGAAUUCCGCGAGUCCGCGCGCGCGCUGACAAAAGAUCUUUCGUUUCGUCGAGUUCUCGCGUUUCGCCUCCCGUGUACCCGUUUUUAAUUUAGUCUACCUCGAAUUGCUGACCACCGCUGACUACGCCGUCUAACCAAUAGGCCGGCGUCAUAUCCAGUAUUAUCCAACGUGUAGCCACGACGUGUAGCCGGAGCCGGCUCAGUCGUGUGAUAAACGCGGAGGCACCUGGGUAGGCUCUGGCGCGUCUGCACAUCCGUCGACCGCCGGUGAAUCGUCCUCGAACAAUGGAUCCGUGUACCCCGUGAAACGGAACCGCGGACAGCUGAUCAAUUGACCGUGUUGUUGUUUAACCAUAGUGUUUCGAAAACUAUUGUGUCGAUCGAUCGUCCUGUUUUUAUUUCCUUAGAAUAGUGUUUCCUGAUCACCGUGAGAUCCAGUGGAAAUUGGAAUAUCGGAUAUUUGGUACCAUCCAGGAAGUUGAGAAAGGUAUCAACUUGGUGGAAGAAUUAUCAUAAAAGAAUGAGUCUUCGUUGGAUUCACGAGAACUUGGAGGCACCGACAUGCGACGAAGAAUGCAGCGACAUCGAUGACAGUUGUAGCGACGAUAGCUACGAUUCCGAUCUAUCGAUCGGCGAGGAGAAAGGGCCGGGUAGCGAAAAGGAGAUCAAUGGGGAUCGUAGGAGGAAAAGGGAGACCAGGAGGCAUCCGACCACUACAGUGAAGUUCGAUGAGAACGGAACUUCGCAUUACAUCACGUCGGAAUCGGUUAAACGCUCGCCUUGCGUAAUAUGGGAUCCUAGGAAACCGGCACAAAAUCCUGUGUACAAUUGUUUGGUAAUCAAAUUGUUCUGUCGAACCGGAUAUCAUCUCGGUGUGUCGGAGUCCGGUCGUGUUCGAGGCUUGAGUGCUACGAAUGAACCACAUGCUUUGCUUCAUAUUAUACCAGUGACGUUUGGAGUGGUACGAAUACAAAAUAUCGAGACUAGUCUUUAUCUGGCUUUCAACAAGAAAGGUCGUUUGUAUGGAGAGUUAAAUGGAAAUAAAGAUAAUACUGAAUGGGAACAAUGGAACGUUGGUUCUUACGAUGCUUUUCGAUCGCGAAAGUAUGCGAAUUACGGAUGGUGGAUAGGAAUAAAGAAGAAUGGUCGUGCGAAACCAGGACCAAGAACUAGUUGGGGCCAAAAGUCGAUACAAUUUUUAGCUAUACGACAAGAAUAAUUUCUAUGAAUAUUUUAUAUAUAUUUACAAUAAAUUAUAUAGAGAUGAUUAUUUGAAUUCUUGACGAAAGAAAAUAAAAAAAAUAAAAAUUUAAAUAAAAUAAAUUAUAGUCAAACGACAAAUCAAACGUAUAAUACGAAUUAAUAUAAAACUUUGUAAUAAAUGUAAUUUUUUACUAACAACGAAAAUCAAAUAUUCUCGAUAGGAAAAAUAUACAAAUUCGUUACAUUCUAUGAGAAAUAAAUAAUUGUUUUCCAAUAGAA